UUUAUGAUCGCAUAGAAUGAAUCUGUAUCAUUCCUCUAAGAUCUUGAAGCGAAAACGUUUAAAUAGUGGAUUAUUUAUAACCAUAUUUUGAUCGCUGUUAUUUGUCCUACAGUUUGCUCCUAGCUGUAGCUUCAUGCCAGAAUGCCAACGAUUUUCCGUCAGGAUUUCAAUUCGGUGCUGGUACUUCGGCGUACCAGAUAGAAGGAGGAUGGAAUGCCAGUGACAAAGGUGAAAAUAUUUGGGAUAAGUGGACUCACGAUGAUUCGGGCCACAUCUUGGACGGCAGCACUGGUGACGUGGCUUGCGACUCAUACCACCAGUGGCAGACGGACGUUAACAUAGCAGCAGAGCUCGGUCUUGCCUUCUACAGGUUCUCUAUAUCUUGGGCUAGAGUCCUACCUACAGGGUUUUCAAACUACAUAAGUGAAGAUGGCAAAAACUAUUAUAACAAUUUGAUUAACGGUUUGCUUGAAAAAGGAAUAGAACCGAUGGUCACUAUGUACCACUGGGAGUUGCCACAGCGUUUACAGGACCUUGGUGGCUGGGCUAAUCCUCUUAUUGUGGACUGGUUUGGCGACUACUCCAGAGUUCUGUUUUCCUUGUACGGUGACCGAGUGAAGACUUGGAUCACCAUCAACGAGGCAAUGUCUGUCUGCGACAUUGGCUACUCAGACCAGAACUUCGCUCCCGGCAUAGAAGACUUCACAAUUGGGAGGUACCUUUGCAGUAAAAACAUCGUGGUGGCCCAUGCGAGAGCUUAUAGAAUUUACGACGAGGAAUUCAGGGCUAAAUAUAACGGACGAGUGUCUUUGGCGAAUCACUUUAUGUGGUUUGAGCCGCAAACUUCUGAAGAUGAAGAUGUUGCUGAACUGGCGAUUCAACUUGCUUGGGGUCGGUAUUCUCAUCCUAUAUUUUCUAAGGAGGGAGGCUAUCCUCAAGCCAUUGAAGAGAUUUUUGCAAACUACAGCGCCGCUGAAGGCUAUACCACUUCUAGACUACCGGCGUUCACAAAAGAAGAGAUUGAAUAUACUCGAGGAACUUUCGAUUUCAUAUGCAUGAAUCAUUAUACCAGUCGCAUGGUGAGACGAGCUGUGCCAGGCGAAGCAAUCGGUCACUUUCCUCUGGAUGGAUCUGAAGAGUUGAACCUCAUCAUCGAAAUGCAUCCGGACUCCAAACCGACUGGUUAUCCAUUAUUACCGGUAAUGAAGCUAUAAUACGAGUAAAACUAUAAUUAUAUUUCUCAAUCAUUGAAAUCAUCACUAGUUCCAAAAGCAAUUGAGAUAUUAGAAACAUCGCUCUUAAUCGAUUUCACAUAUUUUUUCACAGUCAUAUCCUGUUGGUUUUCGCAAAAGCCUGGUUUGGAUAAAGCAACAAUAUGGCGAUCACGAAAUCGUCAUUACCGAGAACGGAUACGGGUCUACUGUUCACGAUCUGUAUGAAGAAGAAAGCUUAAAAUAUUAUAAAGAAUAUUUGGAACAGGUAAAUGUAAUAUACAACAUAACAAUAUCAAACGAGAUAUAAACACAUAAUAUAAUACCUACCUACACUUUGUGAUAUACAGUGUAUAAAUAGAUAGAUAGAUAGAUAACACUUUAUUGCAAACACCAA